CGAGUCCUUCUCCCAUGAUAUCCAGGGAAAGGACGGACGCACAAUCCAAUGCCCACCGCCACAAGAUCUCCCAAAAGUCGACAGGGCCAGUCAUUGAAUCUCUCCUCGACAACAUUCUUCCCAACAUACCUACCUAUCCCCUACAUCUUCCACGCCAAAUCCAAUCAUCUCACACCAUAUAACCCGCGACGUCUCUCACAUUGGUUCCGUCUGUUUUCAUCAAUCUACACAUCAUGACCUUCCCACGCUUUUUGGGUACUCUCCCCACUCUCCUAGCCGUACUUCCUGCUACUUCGGCAAGCCCUGUCCUCAUCCCUCCACGGCCCUACCUGCACAGCGUCCUCAACUGGAACACCACAUUCCAAAACUCUAGCCUUCUGCUACCCUCUAGCCACGCCAAUGCCACCUUCACGUGUGGAUCUCGCUCAGAUACACCCAUCUACACUUUGGGAGAUGUGGAUGACGGCGGCCCGGGCGUGACAAUGCGCGACGCCGACUACAGCAACACGCACCAAAAUCACUACUACUUUUUGUACGAAAACGCGCGUGAUGAGACUCCGUGGAAGUAUACAUUGCUCCAUCCUGGCGAGACAGUCUUCAUUUCGGUCUGCCCUACCUUUUCAGGUCGCAUCGUUCGUGGCAGGCUGGACGAGAACCUUGACGGGACGGCCAGGCACAAUCUGGGAACUUGGAUCGAGGUGGCUUGGGAAGCGCAAGACAAUACCACGGCGUCGAACUCGUCAACGCGGUCUUGGGGAGACGUCUCGCUGCUUGAGGGGUGUGAUGGGGGAGCGGUGAUGCUUGCUACGGAUGGGAGUGCGGUGGUGACUGGGUUCAGUCGAAACAUUCUCAGGGAAGCGCCAGAGGGUGCGCUGGCGAGAAAGGCGAAUGGGAGUCUUGUGCUGGGCAAGACUGUUGGGUCUGAGGCUAAUGAAGAGGCGAUGAGGUGGGAGCUCAAGGUGUUGGACCCGUUGAGGGAGGCUUUUAUUGUUGAAGAUGUUAAGCCGGUGAUUGUGACAGAGAAUGGGAGGUGGGAUUUGACGUUUUAUGCUGGGAUUUAUUGAUGACGGGGGCUUACCAGGUUUUGCUUAGGAGUUCAUGAUCUUGAACGGGGGCGGGAGGUUGGAUGAUGUAUAAAGAGAUGGGGUUUUGGUUAGAGAGGGUUUUGGGUUUUUUAUUCGAACUUGUUUCAAAUUGAAUCUACAUGAAAUGUAAGAGGUUGUUUGGAUAAUAGAGAUGAUGAUUUUGGUUACAUGAUGUUGCAAGUGGGCUUCGAGAAAGCUUGACUCCUCUGGGC